UUGGCCGUUAUUCCCCUCGUGCCUGGAGCUCGCCCUAUUCUGCCGCCAAAAUGCCGCGGAUUAUGAUUAAAGGAGGCGUGUGGCGCAACACCGAAGAUGAAAUUCUUAAAGCGGCUGUGAUGAAAUAUGGCAAAAACCAGUGGUCUCGCAUUGCUUCCCUCCUGCACAGAAAAUCGGCAAAGCAGUGUAAAGCCAGAUGGUAUGAGUGGCUCGACCCCAGUAUAAAGAAGACAGAAUGGUCCCGGGAAGAAGAAGAAAAGCUCCUGCAUUUGGCCAAACUUAUGCCAACCCAGUGGAGGACCAUUGCACCCAUCAUCGGAAGAACAGCCGCCCAGUGCUUGGAGCAUUAUGAAUUUCUUCUGGAUAAGGCUGCUCAGAGAGACAAUGAAGAAGAAACAGCUGACGAUCCUCGGAAACUGAAACCUGGAGAAAUUGACCCAAACCCGGAAACCAAGCCAGCCAGGCCAGAUCCUAUUGAUAUGGAUGAGGAUGAACUAGAGAUGCUUUCUGAAGCUAGAGCUCGUUUGGCUAACACUCAGGGGAAAAAAGCCAAAAGGAAAGCCAGAGAGAAGCAAUUAGAAGAAGCUAGGCGCUUGGCUGCCCUCCAGAAGAGGAGGGAACUCCGAGCUGCAGGGAUUGAGAUCCAGAAGAAAAGGAAAAAGAAAAGGGGGGUCGACUAUAACGCUGAGAUCCCGUUUGAAAAGAAGCCCGCUAUAGGUUUUUACGACACAUCAGAAGAAAACUACCAGGCGCUGGAUGCGGACUUCAGGAAGUUACGGCAGCAAGACUUAGAUGGGGAACUGAGAUCGGAAAAGGAAGGAAGAGAGCGAAAGAAAGACAAGCAGCAGCUGAAACGGAAAAAGGAAUCCGAUUUGCCUUCCGCAAUACUUCAGACUAGUGGAGUGUCAGAGUUCACCAAAAAAAGAAGCAAGCUAGUGCUUCCAGCCCCUCAGAUUUCAGAUACAGAACUUGAAGAAGUGGUGAAAGUUGGCCAGGCAAGUGAGAUCGCGCGUCAGACAGCAGAGGAGUCUGGGAUUAUGAACUCCGCUUCCAGCACGCUCUUGUCCGAAUACAACGUUACCAACAACAGCAUUUCCCUCCGAACACCCAAAACGCCAGCAGCCCAGGACAGGAUCCUGCAGGAAGCCCAGAACUUGAUGGCUCUUACGAAUGUUGACACACCCCUGAAAGGUGGCCUUAAUACCCCCCUCCACGAGAGUGACUUCUCCGGUGUAACACCUCAAAGACAGGUUGUUCAGACUCCAAACACUGUGCUUUCCACGCCUUUCAGGACUCCUUCUCAUGGAGCCGAAGGACUGACUCCUCAAGGCGGGAUGACUCCAAAGCCAGUCGUGGGAGUGACGCCUGGUAGGACUCCCCUGCGUGAUAAAUUAAAUAUCAACCCUGAAGAAGGAAUGGCAGAUUAUAGUGACCCGACAUACACAAAGCAUAUGGAGAGAGAAUCCCGUGAAAAUCUGCGUCUAGGCCUUUUGGGCCUUCCUGCUCCCAAGAAUGACUUUGAAAUCGUCCUGCCGGAAAAUGCAGAAAAGGAGCUUGAGGAUCGCAAUGCCGAUGAUGCCUACAUAGAAGAUGCAGCAGAUAUGGAUGCUCGCAAACAGGCCAUUCGAGAAGCAGAGCGUAUAAAGGCCCUCAAGCGGAUGCACAAAGCGGUCCAGAAGGAUAUGCCCAGACCCUCUGAAGUAAAUGAAACGAUCCUGAGACCUUUAAAUGUCGAGCCACCUCUAACAGAUUUACAGAAGAGCGAAGAGCUGAUCAAGAAGGAGAUGAUCACCAUGCUUCAUUACGACCUUGUUCAUCACCCUUACGGGGAGUUGCCAGGGAGCAAAAAAGGGAAAGCCCCGGGAUUUGGAACCAGUAACACAGAGCACAUUGUUUACCUUGAACACAGUCCUUACGACAAGUUCCCAAAGGAAGAGCUCAAGAAGGCUGAAGAUCUCUUGGCACAGGAGAUGGAAGUGGUGAAGCAAGGGAUGGGGCACGGAGAGCUCUCGAGUGAAGCUUAUAACCAGGUGUGGGAAGAAUGCUACAGCCAGGUGUUGUACCUCCCCGGACAGAACCGCUACACACGAGCCAACUUGGCCAGUAAAAAAGACAGAAUCGAGUCAUUGGAGAAGAGAUUAGAGAUAAACAGAGGUCACAUGACUACAGAAGCCAAGAGGGCCGCCAAGAUGGAAAAGAAGCUGAAGAUUUUGCUCGGGGGCUAUCAGUCUCGUGCCAUGGGGCUAAUAAAGCAGUUGAAUGACUUGUGGGACCAAAUCGAGCAAGCUCAUCUGGAACUGCGCACCUUUGAGGAAUUAAAGAAACAUGAAGAUGCUGCUAUCCCAAGGAGACUGGAGUGCCUGAAGGAAGACGUUCAGCGACAACAGGAAAGAGAGAAGGAGCUUCAGCAGAGAUUUUCAGAAUUCGUGCUGGACAAGGAAAUGUUUCAGUCAAAGUAUUAAGCUUC